AUGCAUCCAACAAAACGCACUCUUCCCCUCGAACUCCUCUUGGAGAUAAUCGACUCUCUCAUCCUCCCCACCACCUCCUACUCCCACCCACCAAUCGUACAGCACACACUCCUCUCUCUCUGCCUAACAUCCCGCCUCCUCUCCUCACUCGCAUUCCGCCACCUGUACGCGCGCGUCUAUCUCCGCACUCCAAGCCAGCUAAGGGCAUUCCUCGACCUACCAAGGAAGAGGCCAACCCAAGCGCUCGCUUUAGCCGCUGGGAUCCCCCUCUCCCCGUCGGACGUCAAGCGCCUCUGGGCCGCGUACCCGACACUUGAGCGCCUCAGCCUGGAAGGUCAGAUCCAGGCAUUCAACCCUUCCCCUUCCCUCUCUGCGCCUCGGCCACCCACGCAAGUACUGGAAGAACUCGCACUCAUCCCCGGAGGCCAACGUUACCCGCUAGAGAUCUUCUCCUCCUGGACCCCCUGUCCCCACCUCAAAAGUCUCGCAUUCAUGCACGCCGUCCUGCACGAACACGACGACAACCUCUCGGCAGGCUACUACUCCCGGCUGGGGGAGUUGUUCCCCAGUCUGGAAGUGCUCGUUCUCACGCUACCGGCAAGAUCGAGGCGCUUGUUGAAGAGUUUCAAGUAUAUGGUGGAGUGCCUCCCAAAGCUGAGGAAGGUGUUACUGGUCGAGCCUGCACCGGCACGUCGUUUAUCCUCAUCUCACUCGGCUCAUCAUUCCCCAUCCCCGUCCCCAUCCUCGUCCCCGUCCCCCACACUCCGCUCAACCCCUCUACCAUCCCCAACCCGCCGACCUAUCCCCCUCCCCGCAUCCCCCCUCCCCUCCCUCCCCGAACUGACGGAAACGAUUGGCAAGUCCCUGCUCGCCCGUUCACCCCCCGUAGAAGUGCAUGAGCUCCUAGCAACAGCCCACGGGUGCCAGAGUGGCGAUUCCGGCGAAGGGAAGAAACUGUUCCGGGACUGGUUUGCAAGUGUUGUGAGAGAAGGCAGUGUUUGGAGCUUGGAGGGCAGUGUUUGGGGCAGAGAGGAGAAAGGGGGGGAGGGAGAUGCGCCCCAGGUGUUGCUGGGCGAGGUGGUGCUGUUGAGCUGCUGA